GCCCGCGGCGGCUGCGGCGGCCGGCUCUCGGCGCCUCCCGGGGCGGCGGCGGCGGCGGAGCCUCCUACACCCGGCGCCCGCAGGGGCAGGAGGAAGAUGGAGACCCACAUCUCAUGCUUGUUCCCCGAACUGCUCGCCAUGAUCUUCGGCUACCUGGACGUCCGAGACAAGGGUCGCGCGGCGCAGGUGUGCACGGCCUGGCGGGACGCCGCCUACCACAAGUCGGUGUGGCGGGGGGUGGAGGCCAAGCUGCACCUGCGCCGGGCAAACCCGUCGCUGUUCCCCAGCCUGCAGGCCCGGGGCAUCCGCCGCGUGCAGAUCCUCAGCCUGCGCCGCAGCCUUAGCUACGUGAUCCAGGGCAUGGCCAACAUCGAGAGCCUCAACCUCAGUGGCUGCUACAACCUCACCGACAACGGCCUGGGCCAUGCGUUCGUGCAGGAGAUCGGCUCCCUGCGCGCGCUCAACUUGAGCCUCUGCAAGCAGAUCACCGACAGCAGCCUGGGCCGCAUCGCCCAAUAUCUCAAGGGCCUGGAAGUGCUGGAGCUGGGAGGCUGCAGCAACAUCACCAACACCGGCCUCCUGCUCAUCGCCUGGGGGCUGCAGCGCCUCAAGAGCCUUAACCUCCGCAGCUGCCGCCACCUCUCGGAUGUGGGUAUCGGGCACCUGGCCGGCAUGACCCGCAGCGCAGCAGAGGGCUGCCUGGGCCUGGAGCAGCUCACUCUGCAGGACUGCCAGAAGCUCACGGACCUUUCCCUGAAGCACAUCUCGCGAGGGCUGACGGGCCUAAGGCUCCUCAACCUCAGCUUCUGCGGGGGCAUCUCGGACGCGGGCCUCCUGCACCUGUCGCACAUGGGCAGCCUGCGCAGCCUUAACCUGCGCUCCUGCGACAACAUCAGCGACACGGGCAUCAUGCAUUUAGCCAUGGGCAGCCUUCGCCUCUCGGGUCUGGAUGUGUCGUUCUGUGACAAGGUGGGGGACCAGAGUCUGGCUUACAUAGCGCAGGGACUAGACGGCCUCAAGUCCCUCUCCCUCUGCUCCUGCCACAUCAGUGACGAUGGCAUCAACCGCAUGGUGCGGCAGAUGCACGGGCUGCGCACGCUCAACAUUGGACAGUGUGUCCGCAUCACGGACAAGGGUCUGGAGCUGAUUGCGGAGCACCUGAGCCAGCUCACGGGCAUAGACCUGUACGGCUGCACAAGGAUCACCAAGCGCGGCCUGGAGCGCAUCACACAGUUGCCCUGCCUCAAGGUACUCAACCUGGGACUCUGGCAGAUGACGGACAGUGAGAAGGUCAGGUGAGGGCGGCAGCGCCGGCUCCCCUGUCCUGCCCUGUUCAUCCCCUGACAGCACGGUCCCCGCACACUCACGCGCGCACUUACACGUUCAUGGUAGUGGCCGCGUUGGGGCGAUGACGGGAAGCCUGGGCUCUUUUCUUCUCUUCCAGAGCCCCUCCCCACGGGGUCUGUGGUUCUUCCGCUCCCUCUGCCCACUCUCCGCUCCCUGCGAGUGGAGAGGUGGACUCUGCUGCUCCCCUGCCCGCUCUUCCGCAGGGUAUGGAGACGAUUCCACCGCCAGCUG